GACCUGCUUUAUCUCAGCGCAUCCUCAACUGACCGAGAACUCAGAACUCAGAAGGGCUCAACAUUCCCUCUUUCCACAAGUUUCAGCCAAGGAACUGCCGAUGAGUUCCUCGAGGUCUGUCGCAGUUUUUUUGGAGUGGACCUUUUUUUGCGUGAGAUAGAUACGGCAUGAUCCCACACGUAAUGUCGCGGAGGGAUGUCGAUGCGCACGGAUAACUGGUGAUCAUGAGGUCACGAUUGCCCAGAGCCAUAUAUAUAAAAAGCCAUGGCGGCAGGCUUCGGCCUCCAAACUCUCAACACAUCUAGGUCACCAUGUCUUCUCAAGAUGUCGAGAAAUGGCUUGAGCGCCACCACCGCGUCUCACAAGUCCAUCAUGAAGCCCCGGAGAAGGCCAAUACUAGUCAGGACCCGAAACCAGAAGACAGAGAGAGAGAUCACAUAGAUCUUGAGCAGUCGAAAAACUAUCAAUCUUCCACAGACAAAGGUCUUGGAGAGAGACCGUUGGUCGAUUAAAGAGUUCUCAAGCCAAUAAUGACCUCAAGCUUACUUGCACCCUUCGUUCCGAAUUUCUCAAAUUUAAAUCUUGUACCAUAGUCUGUCAAUCUAUGAAGUUUUCUUUUUCUAAUAUUAGUAGAGGCAGCAGUACCGUCAAAAGACUAGUGCACAAGAGAAUAUCUGGUAGCUC